AUGACCGAACUGAUCAGAAACCCGAAAGUGAUGAAGAAAGUGCAAGACGAGAUUCGGACAACACUUGGGGACAAGAAGGAGAGAAUCACAGAAGAAGAUCUAAACCAACUCCGCUACUUUAAGCUCAUGGUCAGGGAGGUAUUCAGGUUACAUCCAUCAGCUCCACUUUUGCUUCCAAGAGAGACAUUGUCUCAUGUCAAGAUCCAAGGCUACGACAUUCCUGCGAAAACACAGAUCAUUAUCAACGCUUAUGCGAUUGCUCACGUCGGGUUCGCACCUUACGGUGAAGAGUGGAGAGUGAUGCGGAAGCUCUCGGUGGUCGAGCUCUUCAGCUUGAAAAAGCUUCAAUCUUUUAGGUCUAUCAGAGAGGAAGAGAACGACUUGUGUGUCAAGAAACUCUCUGAGUUUGCUACGAAACGAUCUCCGGUGAAUCUUGAGAAAACCCUUUUCACUUUGAUCGGAAAUAUAGUGUGUAGGAUCGGGUUCGGGAUCAAUCUUUAUGAUUGUGACUUCGUUGAUGAAGAUAGGAUCGUUGAUCUUGUGCACAAGUCUGAUGAGGUCAUAGGAGAUUCUCUAUUCUCUGAUUUCUUUCCCGGGAGAAUCGGCAGACUCAUCGACCGGAUCUCCGGUCAGAGCAAGAGGUUGAACAAUCUUUUCUCGGAACUAGACACUUUCUUUCAGAAUAUUCUCGAUCAUCAUCUCAAGCCUGGAAGAGAGAGGUCCUAUAUCAUUGACGUGAUGAUCGCUAUGAUGAAGAAGCAAGAGACAGAUGGAGAUGCUUUCAAGUUCACCACUGAUCAUCUCAAAGGGAUGAUCUCGGACAUAUUUCUAGCAGGAGUUGGCGCAAGCGCUGCCACAGCGGUAUGGGCAAUGACCGAACUGAUCAGAAACCCGAAAGUGAUGAAGAAAGUGCAAGACGAGAUUCGGACAACACUUGGGGACAAGAAGGAGAGAAUCACAGAAGAAGAUCUAAACCAACUCCGCUACUUUAAGCUCAUGGUCAGGGAGGUAUUCAGGUUACAUCCAUCAGCUCCACUUUUGCUUCCAAGAGAGACAUUGUCUCAUGUCAAGAUCCAAGGCUACGACAUUCCUGCGAAAACACAGAUCAUUAUCAACGCUUAUGCGAUUGCUCGUGAUCCAAAACUAUGGGAGAACCCCGAUGAGUUUAACCCUGACAGGUUUCUCGACAGUUCCAUAGAUUAUAAAGGACUAAACUUUGAGCUUAUACCGUUUGGAUCUGGUAGGAGAAUAUGUCCAGGGAUGACAAUGGGAAUCAUGCUUGUUGAGUUGGCAUUGUUGAAUUUGCUUUACUUCUUCGAUUGGGGAUUGCGGGAGAUGGAUGAAGCCAACGAGAUCGUCACCGGAAAUGAAGAUGUUCUCAACUUCGUUCAAGUUCUUCACCACUGAAUAUAUAUAUAUGUACACUAGAGAUUCAAAGAUAAUAAAAUAAUGGUCACUUUUUGUUUU